UCACCAACGUUCCAUUUUUCGGUCCGGGCUCAUUCCCCUUGUCAUUUGACAACCCUCUCCAAACUCAACAACAAAUCUCUCAAGAGUUUCCAAAUUAGGGUUUGUUCUUAUUUUAAUGGAAACCUCCUCCGUUAACACAUUAAGAGUACGUUACUCCCGUUGCAAAUGCUUUAAACGUUGUUGUCACUGUUUCUGUUGUUUCUACUCUUACCCCUGAAAACUUAUAACCAAAAAUCCUUGAAAAAAAACCCCAAUUUUAAUUUUUAUUAGAGAUGGAUUUAACACAAGCAGCGCAAUCAGGUCUCUCGCUUCGAUUUCACUCAAGUUCAAUUCCAAUUCAACUGCAAUUACUCGAUCAAAAACAAGAAACCCACAUGGAUCACGAAGAAAACCAAACAGAAGAUGAACAAUUUAGCAUUUUGGGUCAUCAAGUGUGCAUAAAGAGACCAAGAGAUAAUAGUUCUCAAUCAUCAUCGUCAUCAUCGACGACAAGUUCUUCCAAACGGGUUGCUAUGGAUCCGGGUUUGGAGUCUCGUCGGGCCAUGGUUCGGGCAUGGGGAAACCACCCUCUUCCCGUCGCGGAUCCUGAAAUUCAUGAGAUUAUGGAAAAAGAGAAGCAAAGGCAGUUUAAAGGUAUUGAAUUGAUUGCAUCUGAGAAUUUUGUUUGCCGUGCAGUUAUGGAAGCUCUUGGUAGUCAUUUAACUAAUAAAUACUCGGAGGGAUUGCCUGGUUCCAGAUAUUAUACGGGAAAUCAAAAUAUUGAUCAAAUUGAAUUGAUCUGUUGGAGUCGCGCCUUGGCAGCUUUUGGACUUGAUUCUGAUAAAUGGGGUGUUAAUGUACAGCCAUAUUCAUGUACUUCAGCGAAUUUUUCAGUUUACACUGGGCUUUUAUUGCCCGGGGAUAGGAUCAUGGGGUUAGACUCGCCUUCUGGAGGGCACUUAAGUCAUGGGUAUUAUACACCUGGAGGGAAGAAUGUGUCAGCUUCGUCAAUUUUUUUUGAGAGUCUGCCAUAUAAGGUGAAUCCACAAACCGGGUAUAUUGAUUAUGAUAAGAUGGAGGAGAAGGCUAUGGAUUUUAGACCCAAAAUACUGAUCUGUGGUGGGAGUUCGUACCCGAGGGAGUGGGAUUAUGCGAGGUUUAGACAAGUUGCGGAUAAGAUUGGUGCUGUUUUGAUGUGUGAUAUGGCUCACAUUAGCGGGCUCGUAGCAGCUAAGGAAUGUGUAUGUCCAUUUGAAUAUUGUGAUAUUGUUACCUCUACAACACACAAAAGUCUUCGAGGUCCUAGAGGUGGGAUUGUUUUUUAUAGGAAAGGCCCAAAAUUGAGGAAGCUUGGUAUGCUUCUUAGUCAUGGUGAUGCUAGCAGCCAUUAUGACUUUGAAGAAAAGAUAAAUUUUGCAGUCCAUCCAUCAACACAAGGGGGUCCUCACAAUAAUCACAUUGCUGCUCUUGCCAUAGCCUUAAAACAAGUGGCCACACCAGAGUACAAAGCAUAUAUGCAACAGGUGAGGAAAAAUGCUCAGGCAUUAGCAUCUGCUUUGUUGAAAAGAAAAUGCAGACUUGUGACUGGGGGGACUGAUAACCAUUUGUUGCUUUGGGAUCUAACUACCUGGGGAUUAACAGGCAAGUGUUAUGAGAAGGUGUGUGAAAUGUGCCACAUCACUCUAAAUAAAAGUGCCAUAUUUGGUGACAAUGGUGCGAUCUGUCCUGGAGGAGUGAGAAUUGGUGCUCCUGCAAUGACAUCAAGAGGUUGCAUAGAGGCUGAUUUUGAGACGAUUGCUGACUUUCUUCUUAAAGCUGCUCAGAUCACGACUAUUGUGCAGAGGGAACAUGGAAAAAAGGAUUUCCUCAAAGGUCUUCAUAACAAUAAAGACAUUGUUGAGCUUCGAAACCGGGUUGAGAUUUUUGCUUCUCAGUUUGCCAUGCCAGGAUUUGACAUUUGAAUAUAUAAAAGAGGCAACUUGCUGUAGGUCUUUUUUCCUUGCCAUUGUGGCUCACUGUCAUUUCCGCAUGGUGACCCAUCCAUUUCCCCCCGUUUUACUGUAUUUGUUAUUCUUCAUUCAUCCUGUGUAAAAUACCAUAAUGAAUUUCUUGGAUGUUGCCGGAUUAUUACAACGUCCUGGCUGUUUUUUUUCUUUUUUUGUAAAGUUAUAUCACGAGUUAUUUAAAAUUUUUCGAGGAUGGACUAA